AUGUCCUUAGACGUAGAAGACCGCACUGAAGAUAUACAAAACAACAAUCGGAGGGUGAAGCCAGCAGUGCAAUUUGUGGAUCCCGCAAAGCGAUGUCACUAUUGCGGACGGGAAGGAAAGAAAGAGGCUGAGCCGAAAAAGAAAACCAAUAAUGGGUUCUACCUUGGUAUAAUCCUUGGCAACAAUAUUGACCUAACGAUGAGCAGCACUGAGCGAUUCUACUUCAAAAAGGACUACGAGACCUUCAAGUUACGAUUCACCAUUUUCAAUUUGUUUCCACUGGCUAUCGCGUAUUUCUUCCCAUCACGGCCUAUGGAUGCGAUAUGCCAUUUCUUGAUGGUGUGGUAUUACUGUACUCUUACAAUUCGAGAAAGCAUUCUUAUCAUCAAUGGCUCCAAAUUGGGUUCCUGGUGGGUGGCUCAUCACUACCUGGCUUGUGUGAUCGGUGGUGUGGCUCUUACUUGGCCAGAUGAUGCUUCGUAUCAGGUUUACCACACUCACUCCUUGAUGGUUUCAAUCAUAUUUGCCUUGUGCCAGCAAUUGCAAGUACCAUACCUAAAAGUUGGUUGCCCUUCACGACGGCUGCAUUCGCCUGGUCCACGGCGACUCGAUGGACGUGACCCUCGAGGGUUUCGCCACGUGGAUGUUCCAAGGCCUUACGUUUCUGCUUCCCUUUCUGGUCGUAAUGUACCUGCUAGAACUGAACAACGCUUACACGCUGUACAAAUUGUGGAAAACUCAGGAGUGUGCUUGGCAGGUACCAACACUUUCACUGCUGUUCCUCAUCGUCGGUGUUGGAAAUAUCGCCAUGGUUUCGCUAAUCGUCUUCAAGAAAAUGAAGGAAAACGGGAAGUCACGUGUGAAGAAGAUUCUUCAGCGCUAUCCCUCAAUAGCUAA